AUGGGUCACGGAUCCUCCAAAGUAGGACACAAUAUCCCUUAUCCGGAGGUUGAAAACUUGGCCGACCCAGACGACACCAACUCAUGGACAUGCAGUGCUUGUCGCCUCCCAAUAUUCUCCACACCUUUCGUCGUAGAUAAAUCGGGGGGCAACAAUCUCCUGCUUCACGAUCAAUGCUCCGACCAAUCUCUCCCUCCCGAACUCUCGGGUCAUACCCUGCACCUGAGGGGAGCCCUCAUUCUCCGAUACCACCUCCCGGAAGAAGAUGACGAUGCGAGAUAUUAUUGCACUAGAUGUUUGUCGAUCUGCGGGAGCAAGUUUUACGAUUGCCAGAUGGGUGAUGUCGUAGACUGUGAGGUCAGGCUCGACCUCCCGUGUGCCCUGUCGGUCACAGUCUUACACAGGAGCCAUGAGCACAGGUUAACGGCUGUUAAGGAGCAUGCGUGGCCUAUGUCGUCUCACUCAUUCGUCUGCAGCGCGUGCGGGAAACAACACGCGCCGGUUGAAGAGAGUAAUGGCCGACGCCGAUUCAAAGAUGCGGUAAAGGCUUACGCGUGCACGAGCUGCGAUUUCUGGAUUCAUCCCGACUGUGCGCUUCUUCCUAAUGCCAUCGCCGACACAUCAUGUCACGAGCACCCUCUUCUCCUUGGAUUUUCUAUUAUAAGAUUAAGUAGAAGCUGCAGGAAUUGCACCCGCGAAAUCCUGGCUUCCGGGUUCUACGCCUGUGUUGAUUGUUGUUAUUAUGUUCAUAUCGACUGUGUUGUUAACUCAACACUUUUUAGAUUCGAGUCACUGUUGGUUCGCGAAGCAGAGAUCCCGAAUCUACUUCGUCUGCCGAUGGAAAACGAGCACGCUAGUGUGAUGCCGCGCAUUACGAAAACCAAGACACACGCGUACCCGUUGUUUCGUCUCAGCACUACUACGAGUCUCAGCGAAUCGUUUUCGUUAGAAACUAUCAGAGUGCACGAGCAUCCCUUGAUCUAUCAUCACGACGCUCACAAUGACAUUGUUCGUGUUUGCAAUGCCUGUGCUCAAGUUAUCCUUCCACCCGAUCCAUUUUACAGUUGCGCACAUAAUAAUAAUAAUACGUGCAAAGAUUUAUUUCUGCACAGCUGUUGUUCCCGUUAUACAAAAAUCUUUUUGUCCUACCACAGAGGCUUCUGCUUGUUUAUACCGAAGGUAGGCACGAAGGCCUUCAACGUAUUCGAGUGUGUGGUUUGCAAGCGCAAAUGCAAUGGGUCCGCUUACUACAUCGAAGCACAACAAAAGUAUAUGGAUGUGGUGUGUGCGUUAAUGCCUCAUUCAAUCACGCACGACGCGCACGGGAAGGCCCACAUUCUUCAAGGGAGGUUGGAAAUCCGCGAGUCCUACAAAUAUCUUAUGAGAUCAACGUGUAAAUGCUGCCUUGAAAAGCUCAAUGACAAUACGGUGACUUCAUAUGCGUGCAGCAACUGUCGUAGCUUCUCCAUCCACCCGCACUGCGCUCUUCUCCCGGACACGAUCAGCCACAAAUUUGACCGACACCCUUUGAAGCUAAUCACAAGCUCGAGCAGAGGAGAAGAAGAAGAAGAAGAAGAAGAAGUAGAAGAAGAAGAAAAGAGGCUUUGCGAGAUUUGCGAAAAGGAGAUGGAUUUGAGAAAAUGGCACUACGGCUGCGAAGAAUGUGAACAAUAUUUUCACGCGAAUUGCAUUCCUUGUCUCGACCAUCUGUCAAAUAUUAAGUUCGGUUUUAAGGUUUCGGUCGGGUGCCAUGAGUGUCCGGUUGCCUGCAUUCGGGCUGUUUCGGUCGAUGGAUACCGGUGUGGCCAUUGUGGGGAAAACAUAAGGGAGAGUGAUGAUAUAGCAUUUGAAUGCACCACAUGUUAUUUCAGGAUGCAUAAAGGGUGUGUCCGAGCUUAUGAUAAAAACUUGAGCAAGGAAAAAAACAAUAAAACUUGGGACAGAUGA